AGUGGGAUAAUGACAAAAGCUUUGAUAGCACAGAAUAAACAGUACCUCACCAAGGAGUGUAUUGACUGGCUGAAGAAGUAUGUGAACUAUGGAAAGACCUCUCUGAUGAGAACAGACCUCCCCUCAGUGUCUCUCCUCCAGAAGUCUCCCUCCUCUCCAGUCACCUGCCACGCUUCAGGUUUCUACCCAAAAAGAGCCGUGAUGUUCUGGAGGAAAGAUGGAGAGGAGCUUCAGAGUCUAAAAGACUUAUCCGGGAGGGAAAUGGUGUCAUUACAGUUGAUCUGAUACACAAUAAUAUACUACUUUACAUGCCAGCAAAGAUGGGACAUCAGAAUAAAGUGGUUCUGGCAUGUAAUAAACAAGCUGUUCUAAGUUUCACUUUCGUUCAUAACCUAAGUGAGUCAGUUUUACUGAGUUACUAGUGACGUUGAUGCUCAGAUUAAAUUUAGAUUGGCUGAGAUGGAGGUUGAAGUCACCGCCUCUGUAUUCUCCUCACUUCGCUUCACGCAGAGAGCUCGAGCAGGAAGAAGCGUUUUAUAAUUUGGGUUGUAAAAAAACAAAGUAUACAUUGAAAGUCUAUCAAAGUUUAAGAAGACCAAGGUCACAAUGAGGACUCUGAUGAUCCUGGCUGUCCUGGGAUUAGUCCUACAUGACACGACGGCAGGGACUCACUCUCUGAAGAUUUUCUACACUGCGUCUUCUGGAGUCCCAGACUUCCCAGAGUUUGUGGCCCUUUCGUUGGUUGAUGACGUUCAGAUGAAUUACUAUGACAGUAACACCCAGAGAACAGUACCCAAACAGGACUGGAUAAGCAAAGUCACAGAAUACCAAGCGGACUACUGGCAGGGGGAGACUGAGAAGCGCAGAGGUACCCAGCAGUGGUUCAAAGCCAACAUUGAAAUUGCAAAGCAGCGCUUCAACCAAACUGGAGGUGUCCAUAUUUUCCAGAAGAUGUACGGCUGUCAGUGGGAUGAUGAGACUAAAGAGGUCAAUGGUUUCAGACAGUUUGGUUAUGAUGGAGAAGACUUCAUAGUGUUUGACAUGAAGACAAUGACUUGGAUCGCUCCGAGUCAACAGGCGGUCAUCAGCAAACAGAGGUGGAAUAAUAACAAAGCUGAUUUAGAGUAUAGGAAGAACUACCUCACCAAGGAGUGUAUUGACUGGCUGAAGAAGUAUGUGGACUAUGGAAAGACCUCUCUGAUGAGAACAGACCUCCCCUCAGUGUCUUUCCUCCAGAAGUCUCCCUCCUCUCCAGUCACCUGCCACGCUUCAGGUUUCUACCCAAACAGAGCCGUGAUGUCCUGGAGGAAAGAUGGAGAGGAGCUUCAUGAGGACGUGGAACUUGGAGAGAUCGUCCCCAACCCUGACGGAUCCUUCCAGAUGAGUGUUGACCUGCAGAAACUUCCAUCUGGAGACUGGGGGAAGUACGAAUGUGUGUUUCAGCUCUCUGGAGUGAAGGAGGACUUUGUCACCGUACUGGAUGAAAAGGCAAUCAGGACCAACCAUGGGAAGACUGGAAUCAGAAGUGAUGAAGUGGAUUACACCAUGAUCAUCGGUAUCGUUAUUGCAGUGGUUCUUCUGCUUCUCGCCCUCGCUCUCGCUGCUUUUGUUGGAUUCAAGUUUUGCAAAUGCAAAAAAUCCAACUGUGAUACAGCUUCUGAAAACAGCUCGGAGCUCAACGAGAAACUGAACCCGGUGCCGACAGCAUAAACACACCACCCUGCACUGUUUCUCUCGAGUGAGUGAUUCAGUGAGUGAGUGAGUGAGUGAGUGUGUGAGUGUGAGUGUGUGUGAGUGAGUGAGUGAGUGUGUGUGUGAGUGUGUGCGUGAGUGAGUGAGUGAGUGAGUGUGUGUGUGUGUGAGUGAGUGAGUGUGUGAGUGUGUGAGUGAGUGAGUGUGUGUGUGUGUGUGUGUGAGUAUGAGUGAGUGAGUGAGUGAGUGUGUGUGUGUGUGUGUGUGUGUUUGUGUGCGUUUGUGUUUGUGUGUGUGAUUACUGGAGUCCCCCUCUCCCACACUGCAGUUGCUGUAAUUCUCAACAAGAUGAGGCAGGAGGAAAAGGACGGAUGCGGUUUUCAUCACAGUUAUGUUGAUUGGGACAAAAAUUCAAUCUGGAUAUUUUAAAUCUAUAAAAAUCAAACACUUUGAAAACAGCAGCAUCAAUUCAAGAUGUACCUCCCAUCAGUGUAAAUAGUCUGUAGUUUAUAAUUGUGUUGGGUUUGUUUUUAAACUGAAGCAAAUAACAUCUCAUGUCCUUCAGUUGUUUUUGCUUACAAAUCAAGAGUGUGUGUUUUAGUUUUAUGAUGUUUCUCUUUUAACGUGUUUGGAAACAUUAUCUUCUGAUUUUGGCAGAAAGCCUUAAAUGACUGUAGGACGUUUGAAACUUCUCAUCAAGCUAAUCUGAAAUCUUGUUUUAUAGUUCCUGCUCGUUUUCAGGAACAAGGGACGUUUCCUCUCUAAGUUAUAGAAAUUGAAGAUUCUUUCUCAGAAUCACUUCUCGGGUGUGGUAAAGUUAAGUUGUGGUGUUGAUCUGCUGUUUCAUACUCUUGUUCUGUACAUUUUCUUUUUAAAUAAAGUCCCUCUCACUCUGACA